UAUUUAUCUAGUUAUAUCAAAAAGUAGUGGGGAAAUAAUGAAUAGUAGGGGAAGUUGAUGGAAACAGUUUUUUGAUAUCGUAGAUUUAAAUUUUUUGCCGUAUAAAUCUGCAAUGCAGAGUGUGAUUAAUUCCGUAAAAGGCACUGCGCUUGGUGUUGCUGAAUACUUAACCCCUGUUUUGAAGGAAAGUAAGUUUCGAGAAACUGGAGUGUUAACACCAGAAGAGUUCGUAGCAGCAGGUGAUCAUUUGGUACAUCAUUGUCCAACAUGGCAAUGGGCUACUGGCGAUGAAGAUAGGAUAAAAUCGUAUCUUCCUAAGAAUAAACAAUUCUUGCUGACUCGUAAUGUUCCUUGCACUCGCAGAUGUAAACAGAUCGAAUACAGUAAAGAACAAGAAUGCAUUAUAGAAGCAGAUGAUCCAGAAGGUGGUUGGGUAGAUACUCAUCAUUAUGAUACUACUCUUAGUGGAAUUGAGGAAAGAGUAACAGAAAUGACACUAGAAGAAACACAAUUUUCUCAACCAAUUGGUACAGUGGAAAAUAAUGAAAACGAUGAUGACGACGACGAUGAAGAUGCUGCAGAUAUGGAAGCUUUUGAAGUCAGUGGAAUGUUGGAUGAACAGGAUAAGUAUGCAGCGGAAACUACAAAGAAACCGGUUAAGGAAAAGUGUGAGCUGUUUUCAGAAGGAGAAAUUAUUCAUACACGCACAUAUGAUUUAUAUAUAACAUAUGAUAAAUAUUAUCAGACACCUCGAUUAUGGCUUUCAGGCUAUGAUGAGAAUCGCAAACCUUUAACAGUAGAAGAAAUGUAUGAAGAUGUUAGUCAAGAUCAUGCCAAAAAGACUGUUACCAUGGAAAUUCAUCCUCAUAUGCCUGGACCCCCUAUGGCCUCCGUUCAUCCUUGCAGACAUGCUGAGGUAAUGAAAAAGAUUAUUGAAACAGUAAUGGAAGGUGGUCGCGAGCUUGGAGUACACAUGUAUUUAAUAAUAUUCCUUAAAUUUGUGCAAUCUGUAAUUCCUACAAUUGAAUAUGAUUAUACACAAAAUUUUAUGCUAACUGCCUCUGGCUAGGAGUUUUAUAAAUUUUCAUUGUACUUUAAGAAUAAUCGUGAUUUUAGUUUUUAAAUAUAAAAUAAAAAACAAAACUUCAGGAACUGUGAAGCGUAUAACAAUAAAUGCGUUUAAAUUCA